GUACCGGAACUGAACCGGGACCGUAGUAUAUUGGGCUAAAUCAAAGCCCAUCAUUAUACAAACCUAGACGAGCAACUUGAGUUGGCAUUCUCUCGUCUUCUUCGAUCUUCAGAUUCUCAAAAUCGAGAGCUUGUUGAGUCCGUGAUUUCUCUUCGCGCCGAAAAUGAAGCCAGUAAUAGGCACUGUGGUGUCGAACAAGAUGCAGAAGUCUGUGGUGGUCGCCGUCGAUAGGCUAUUCCACAACAAGCUCUACAAUCGCUACGUCAAGCGUACUUCCAAGUUCAUGGCUCACGACGAGAAGGACGCCUGUAACAUUGGCGAUCGAGUGAAAUUGGAUCCUUCAAGGCCAUUGAGCAAGCAUAAGCAUUGGAUUGUUUCUGAAAUCAUAAAGAAAGCUCGAAUAUAUUCUCCCCAGGCUGCUGCUGCUGCAGCUCUCAAUUUCUCAGCUGCAAAAGCUCCUGAGCAGCCUUCGAUUCCUCCUGUCUCGUCUUCUUAAGGUGAUUUAACCAAGUCUCUUUGUGCGUUAACUGUAUUUUCAGACUUGUAUUGUCGUUGAGUUUCACUUGCACAAGUUCAGUGUAGUUUCCUUUUGGUAACUUUAUAAAGAUAGCUAGUUUCUGUCUUGAAGAAUUUGAUGUUUCUGAAAAUAAAGUAAUCUGACAUUUGACUGUUGAUAGAGGGUCUAUAAGACACUCUGUG